AUUCAUUUUCAUUGCAUUAUGUUGUGAAUUCGUAAUUCGUGUUAUAACUGAAGAAACUAUUGUUAAAUGUUAUUUUUGUACUUCCGCAGAAAUAUAUUGUGCAAACUGUAAAUUGCGGCCACUGCGUCAACAAAUAACAAUUUAAAAAUGAAUUUAUAAUUCAUAUUACAGCCUAUAGGAUAACAUGGCAGGACGUAUAGUGUCAGCCUCUAUAAGGGCAGUAGCUGGAAGUAGAAAACCUAUUAAGGCUGCUCUCACCUUGACACCAUCGGCUGUUGAUCAACUAAAAAAGAUACUGUCCGGGAAAUCAGACUGUAUUGCUCUUAAAAUUGGCGUUAAACAACGAGGAUGUAAUGGUUUAAGUUAUACACUGGACUAUGCCAGCGAAAAACAUAAAUUAGAUGAAGAAGUUGUACAAGAUGGAAUUCGUGUGUUUAUUGAUAGAAAAGCUCAGUUGACAUUACUUGGAACUGAAAUGGACUUUGUUCAAUCUAAAUUGUCUUCAGAAUUUGUGUUUUAUAAUCCAAACAUUAAAGGAACUUGUGGAUGUGGUGAAAGUUUUAAUAUCUAAACUUAAGAAGUUUCAAACGAGUAUAAAGAAAAGAAAAAACAAGAUGGGAGUGGAUGAAUAGUCAAUGCCAUUAACAUAGUUUUUCAUUUCAAUUAGAUGCAGUAAACUUAUAUUGUUGUCAAUAAUUUAUGUGUUGUACUGUUACUAUUUGAAAAUGUGAAUUGUUAUUUAUUUCAAUUAUUAAAGUUGUUGUGUUUAUUAAA